AUGUCACAUCACGUUUCCAGCAUGAACAUUAUUGAUUCCUCCGCCAGCAAUGAUCAUAGUACUACGAAGAAUGAGGACAAGGAGAACACCAAGAACGACACGAAACAUCAUCGCAUUGCAUUCAAAUCCGUGGCCAUGAAAUUCAUUGUUGCUGUUCUUUUGAUUGGCUUUGUGAUUGAUUUACAGGGAUCCAUUUUGACUGAAAACAAUAGGCUCAAGGCCGAGAACAAGGCUUUGCACGACAAAAACAAUUCAUUAAGAACUAAGAACGAAGUUUUGGAAAUCGAGGUAGCAUUGGCUUGGCAGAUGAUGUGGGGAAACAUGACUGGCCGAGCAAAGAGACUCGGUUUAGUAUAG